CGAGGAUGUACAUGUAGGAACUUCACUGUCGUCUUCCUCACUAACAACAGCUUCAGAAAGGGCUAACAGAGUAGCCGACAUGUGCAAGUUUGUGAUCCUGCUGCUCGGCCUCAGUGUCGGGCUGAUACAAGCCUUCCCCACCCUGGAGGCAGACGGCGGGAAGAACUGGGUGCUCAUCGUCGCUGGCUCCAACGGCUGGUACAACUACAGACACCAGGCUGAUGCUUGCCAUGCCUACCAGAUCGUGCACAAGAAUGGCAUCCCGGACGAGCAGAUUGUGGUCAUGAUGUACGACGACUUGGCUCAGAACGAGCAAAACCCCACCCCUGGCGAGCUGAUCAACAGACCCAACGGCUCCGAUGUUUACAAAGGCGUUCCCAGAGACUACACAGGGGACGAUGUGACACCAGAGAACUUCCUCGCCGUGCUGAAGGGCGACGCUGCGAGCGUCAAAGGCGGCUCUGGAAAAGUGUUGAAGAGGCGAGUGAUGAAACAAAAACAAGAGAAAAAUAGAUGAAUGAAGAUUUCUCAUCUAACUCUCUCUCUCU